AUGAGCAGCGACAACGAUAAAAAUGGCUAUGAAGAUGCAGUUAGAGACGGAGACGGAGAUGGAGAUGGAGCUGAAGAUGCCAGACUGGCUAGUGCUCACUGCUCGACAAGCGCCUUGUUGUGCCUGGUCAAUGGUCUAGAACGAUCGGAAACGACGCCAGCCAAAUCAUCAGCAGCAGCAACAACCACAUCGUUGUCAUCAUCGGUCAGUGGUUAUCCCAAAAAGGUGACAACAUUGAAGAAGCGUCCCACCAAAACCGCAACGACCCUCACCAGCAGCAGCAGCAGCAUCUCGAGCAGCAGCACCGCCAGCAAUGGUGGAACAACCACAAAGCCCAGUAAGCCACGUGUAAAGUUCACCAAAUCCACAACCAAGACGACAACAACAACAACCAGAGUGCCCAAGAAGGCAACAGCUUUGGCUGAUAGUUUUACCAAUUUGCCAGAAGAUGAUUUGGAAUUCAUCAAGGAACUGGAUAAGCAAUUCAAGUUGCAUGGCGAUAAGAUAAAGAUCAAAGUGGAAAGAUCCAAUACAACUGGAGAAGCAGGCGGAAAGAAUAGCAAGCGAACCAUAGAAGGAGAUCUUGGCUAUGGCUAUGCUCAUCAGGGUUAUGAUUAUACGCCACCAAAAUUCAUGUUCUAUCCAUAUUCGCAACACGAUAUACCGGCCACCGAAUCACCCGAUGUCUAUGGUGGGUAUUCACCCUCAGGUUUCGAGCUGCCACAGACAUCGCCGCAGCAUCAACAGCAGGUGACUAGUGUGACCAUUGAACCAUCAUACUCCUAUGAAUUGAAGCCUCAGACCAGUUACGAGACCCAAGCGCCACCAGCACAAGAGGAGCAGCAUCAGCAACAGGAAUUGGAGGCACCGGGGCCAGUACCAGAGCAACCUCAAAUUGAUUUGCCACACGACGAAGAGCAGCCUCAUGAUGACAACGGAGGCUACCAAGAGCCGGUUAUAGUCCUACGUAUACCAGGACCAGCCAAAUAUGCGGCACAUUUGCAAGCAUUGCUGCAACAAUAUCUAGAAAUACGUGCGGCCCAAUAUUUGAGUCUACUGCAGGAAGCCGAACAGCGAAAGCAGUUGCAACAUCAGCAGGAGCAGGUGGUUCAAUAUCAACCAGAAGUGAAUUACAAUCACCAAUCAGAGCCAGUUCAAUACGCUGCCAUUGACGAUGUCUAUCAGACCUACAAGGGCAGACAUCAUCAACAGCAGCAACAACAACAGCAGCAACACUAUGUCGAACAACCACAGCCCGAUGCCUAUUAUGGUCCACCUUCUGUGUAUCAGCAGGAGACACAUCAGCCAACGCAAUUCUACUAUGCCCAACCCCAGCAAGCCUCAUACGAUCCAAGCUAUCAGCAGCAACCACAAUUAUAUCUCAUCGCCAUGGCAGCUCCUCCCCAGCAAGAGCACCAACAUCAGCAACAAUACAGUGGAUCGCAACCCAUCUAUGUACCCGAACAACAGGAGCAAGGCCAGAGUGCUGAGGAAACAAUUGUGCCAGAGCAUCAUGAGGAUCAUGAUUUGCCCAUCACUGAAAACAAUCCGCGACCCACUCACACCAAAGUGAUAUUUAAUACACAAAACCAUGGUGGAUCAUCGCAUAUGUAUGCCACCAUACGACGACCCUAUGAGAAUGCCCCAGCAGCAUCCCAAGAGGAUGCCCAACAUGCUGUGGAUCCCUCAACAAAUUAUCAUCCACAUUCACAUCGUCAUCAUCAGCAGCAGCAGCAGCAGCAGCAACAGCAACAGCAGCAGCAGGAGCCAACCCAAUCACAUCAAAGACCUUACAAUUAUCAUGCCCAUGGUCUUAAGCAGCGUCAAAGUCAAAGUAAAAGAUCCCCGAAAUCCGCGACGGCGGCAGCGGGUCCGGAUCAACGUUUACAGGAGAUCCGGGACUAUGUGAGAGAUAAACUCGGUGCCGAAAUGGGUUCAGCUGUGGAAUACAAAACUACACAAUUGCUAGAGGGUUAGGAUAAGAGAGAUUUUUCAAAAGUUGUGCCUAAAAACAAAACAAAAAUUCAACAAAAUAUCAUACAAAAACCCAAUGUAUUAGUAUUUAUUCCGAAAGUUAAGAGAAAUUCAAAUUCACACAAAACAAUGAAAAUUCACUU